AUGUUGUCUUACGGUGUACCGAUAGGGAGCUGUGUGACCCUCGCAGCUGUGAUCUGCUCGCUUUUCACCAUCAGCACAAUCGUUCAACAGAUCGACGACAUGCGAGAGGAGAUCGUCUCUGGGGUCCAAGAGAUGAAGACAUUAUCGGACGAUGCGUGGACGCGCCUUGUCAUUUUGAACGGGAAACACGGCCGUUCUGAUGCCUUGGAAUCGUUCACCUCCAUCGUCGCCCGACAGAAAAGAUCUUAUGACGCAUUUUGCAACUGUGGAAUAGAUUCACAAGGUUGCCCGCCUGGCCCACCAGGACCACCAGGAAUGCCAGGAAAACGUGGAGAACAAGGCAGUCCGGGCGAACCUGGGCGUCCUGGAGCAAGUGGAAUUUCCUUAGUCGUCACGCACGACAUUCCUGGAGGAUGUCUUCAGUGCCCUCCAGGACCUCCUGGCCCAGAUGGACCCGCUGGGCCUGUUGGUGAACCCGGCUAUCCAGGCGCUCCGGGAACAACAGGAGAAGCCGGUGCAGACGGGACACCAGGUGAGGCGGGACCUCCCGGAGACCCAGGAAAUGCAGGUCUUCCUGGAAUGGAAGGAAAUGCUGGACAACCUGGUCACGAUGGUCUCAUCGGAGCUCCAGGCCAAGAAGGAGCACAAGGAGCGCCAGGCUGGCCUGGACCACCAGGAGAGCCAGGCAAGAAUGGAGACCCAGGUGAAGACGGUGCUCAAGGGCCUCCAGGGGCCACCGGGUCCACCCGGGUUCCCUGGAAAGAACGCUGA